AUGUCCAAUACACCUUCUUCAAGUAACGCACCAGUAAAUGAUACAAUAGCUGACACUAAAGAUAACAUAGAUGAUGUCAAGAAAAGAGAGCUAGAGAAUGAUACUAGCAAUGAACCAAAUAAGAAAGUUAAACUUGAAGAAAAAAGUGAUAGUAAUGGUACGACAGAAGUGAAAUCCACAAAUUUAGCAUUACCAAAAGCUGAUGAGAAGAAGAAAACCAAAAAGAAAGAAAGUUCAAGUAGUAAAAAAAAAGAUAAUACCAGUGGACAAGAUUCUACAAAAAAUUCAAAUAAUGCUCAGCAAAAAAUGGAUCCUAAUAAGAUGCAAGAUGUCUUAUUUUCAGCUGGGGUCGAUAUCAGAGAAGAAGAAGCUCUACUACAUUCCUCGAUUAAUGCUUCCAAGAAUGCUCAAGCGCAGAAUGCAGUUGUUGCAAAACUUCUUAAAAAUCCCCCAUUUCUACAUCCUGACCAAGUUUCCAAGAUGAUGAAACGAGCUCUUAUAAAUCAAAAUUGUAAAAAUGUGAAUGAAAUGGUGAAAAAUAAUGACAUAUUGAGUAUGAUGUCGUCUGCAUGUGAAUCAUAUAUGAGAGAUAUAAUAACGAACGCUGUGGUGAUAUCUCGCCAUCGUAGAAAAGCUGUUAAGAUUAAUUCAGGAAGACGAAGUGAAGUGGCAACUGCUUUAAGAGCCAUAGCUAUACAACAGAAGAAGGACGAAGAGAGACGUGUUAAAAAAAGAAUAGCAUUAGGCUUAGAAAAAGAGGAUUAUGAGAAUAAAAUUGAUUCCGAAGAAACAUUACAUCGUGCUUCGAAUGUCACAGCAGGAUUAAGAGCAGGCAGUAAAAAACAAUAUGGUUGGUUGACAAGUUCAGUUGGGAAACCAACAAACACAGGUGUUAAAGCUACAGGCCGUGUUGCAUCUGAUAUUGCAGCAAGAGGUGAUAGUGGCUUAAAAUAUAGAGAGGCAAGAGAGGAACCUGGUAUUGUCAUGAGAGACCUACUAAACGUUCUUGAAAAUAGAAGAAUGGGUGUACAUAACGUAAUUUCAAAAGGUUACGCAAGGAUAAGAGAUUAA